AUGUCUUACAAGAGGCAUACAAUUGGACGGAUGGGCUUCUUCUAUGACGAGGUAGUCCGCAACGAGAAUCCUGAUGGGACCCCGUUUCCAUCGCACGUCGAGGUUCUCCGGACGUCCCUGCUUGAUUUCCAUCUUGCGAUUACGUUGCCCAAAGUCGUGGAUGGGGAUCCCGCCUAUGCUGCAGCCCGAGACGCCGUGGAAGAAGCCGAUUUAUUGGUCGAGGGCCAUUACAACGAGACCAGAUGGCAGGAUUUCUUCAAGACUAAAUUUUUCAACCCGCUCUCCGAUAACAUCUCUGUAAAGAAGGAUGACCCUCGACGAACCGUUGAAACUCCCGGACCUGACCUAAACUACGACUCGUGUACGUAUUCGUGGACAGGUACCGGGCCAAGUAGUAAUAUUCCACUCAGUUCUUCCAACCAGGACUGGAACAUGUUCCACUUCAAGCGCAUGGAGAAGAUCCCAGAGCAGUUUGACGGCUUUCGACCGCAGAAGUGCCCCAGGCCCGACUACGCCUUUUACCUACCCAUUUACCAUCUAAAGAACGACACGAAAGUCCCAAGGAUCAAGGACUCCAAGGCCCGGAAGUGGAAUGAAACCUCGGAUAACACAAUGUCCGAACUCUUCUCAUGGGACUGCCUCCAGGCCCUGGGCAAGAACGGCACCGGCCUACAGUUCAGCCCAAUGAGGGAACAGACAGCGACUCGAGGCAAGGCGCAGAAGAAGAACAACAACAACAAGAAUGAACGUGAGCCCAAGGACGCCUUCCUGAACUCAUACCCCUGGCUUCUUAUCGAGCACAAGAAGGACAGACAGGUCAGAGAAAAUGUUGAAAGCCAGGCAUGCAACGGCAGCGCAUGCGCGCUUUGCCUCAAUCAGAUUGCGGCUAGAUACGCAAUUCCGCUACCGGAAGAAGCCCACAUCCCGCCCAUCCCAGUCGUCACAACCAUCGGACCAAAUGUCAAGGUAUGGGUCGCCUACUUUGGGACGCAUGUCCGCGCGCCCGGCCGUGAAUCAGAAGAGGAGGAUGCAAAGUGGCGGUACCGCAGGAGAGCCUACUUUAUGCGAGCCAUCUGGGAAGGAGAUAUGACCAAGUUGACUGACAGCAUCAACUUCCGCAUCAUCCUGGAAAAUGCACACACUUGGGCUAUGAGAGUCUUCAAACCCCUCAUGGCCUCAUACAUCACCGCUUGGAAGCGCACAUUUUCCGCUCCGGGCGAGGCAGAGGCUGCCGCGGCAGCCCUUCACCAGCAGAGAGCCGUUGCUAGUUCAAGGAAGGUUACGCCCAUGGUGGAGAGUAUCCUGAGCACCCAGCCAAAUGUCUCCAUGAGCAGUGACGAGGAAGUCGCCAUCACCCCCAUGCUUCUCAGCCUGCUUGUCGAACAAAUCUGCGUCUCCGAGCGCGAAGCUCUGGCUCUCCAGAUAGACCACCUGGUAAGUAAGAGACUGGAGCCUCUAUACGAGAAACUGGGCAUAGAGACCAGGGCCAGAAGUGAGGUGACCCAAGGCACUACGGGCGGAGAGCCCCGAGAGGAAAGCCAGAUCUGGGAGACAACUCUCGAUUUUGACGACUCGGAGGAUGAUGACGGCUUUGAUGACGACCAGGAUCUCACGCUUGAAGGUGGCUCUAUUGGAAGCGAGAAGGGGAAGGGGUUUACCGACAUCAAGGUCCUGGUGACCCCCGUACGCCCUGGGAUCGACAGCUCUCAGAUGCCAAGCCCGUUAGAUGACAGCCCACUUGCAAUGCGUUCGAGGCUCAGCUCAAAGGAUAAGAAAUCCGGGAAUCUUUUGCCGUCUUUUGAAGCGACACGAACCGUUACGGAAGAGCGUCGUGACCUGAGAUACGUGAAGGCAGAUUAUCUGGAAACAACAACCGAGCUUUCCUCGGAAAACACCGCCAAGCCAGAGACUAGGAGCCGUUCCAAAUCCUGCAAUUAUCUGGGUCCAGUCUCCCUCCCCAAGGGUUCACGAUCAUCUGCACCGACACCGGCAGAUGGAACACCCACCACCCGUGCCAGAGCUACCAACAGGACGCCAAAUACGGAGCCAACUGGCAAGCCAUAUAGUCUGAGAGGAAAGAAUGGUAGGUUCAUAUCAGCAAAGAAUUAUGAACUCGAGAAGGCCUUUGAAGCCAUGGAGGUUGCCAGGUUCGAAAGGAAGAAGGAGCAACCUACUAUCACGGAUCUUCUGCAACGAAGCAGUACCUCUAUCGACGAAGGCGACGCCACUCUGGUUGAGGCAGGGGUUCCUGGGAGCCAGGACCCGUUGGGGAAUGGUUACGAAGUGGAACAGAAGGAUCCCGAAGGCGGUACAUAA